UCCACCACACCCCUCCUCAGCGCGAUGGCCAUCUCAAUCCAGAAGCGUGCGUUGGACCCCACGGCGCCGCUGGCGCAGUCGGCAUACCGGCGCAAGACGGCGCGCGGGCGCAUCCUCGCCGUCGUGCGCGAGCGCUACGUACGCGACGACGUGGCGUGCGGCGUGGCGCGCUGUGCGCUCUGUGCGGGCGGCCGCAUCCCGCGCACGGGGCGCCGCAACGGCAAGGUCGACGGCGCACAUGUGCUGCUGCUCGACACCAACGUGGUGCUGCAUCAGAUGGACCUGCUAGAGUCGCAGGCCAAGCUCGGGCAGCCGCACUUUACCCAUGUCAUUGUGCCGCAGACGGUGCUGGACGAGGUGCGGCAUCGCAGCUUGCCGCUCUACAACCGCCUGCAGGCCAUGCUCGACGAUCCCGAGGGCGCAUGGGCUCGCUUCUGGAACGAGGCAUGCAGCUCCACGGCCACGGUGCGGCAAGCAGGCGAGACGCCCAACAACCACAACGAUCGCGCCAUCCGCGAGACGGUCGCCUAUCUCGCCGAGCACCUGGCGCCGCUCAACGUCGUGCUGCUCUCCGACGACGCCGAGAACGUGCGCCUGGCAAAGCAGGCGGGCCUGACGGCGCUGCGCGUGCGCGAGUACGUCGAGGGCAUGCAGGGCAGUGCGGAGCUGCUCGACUUGCUCAGCACGCGCAGCUACGACACGCAGGCAGAGGCAGGCGAGCGCAAGGCUCUGUAUCCCUCGCAUUUGGCGCCCUCGGAGCUCGACGCCGGCGUCCGUUCCGGCGCUCUGCACUCCGGCUUCUUCAACGCCUCGCCGUACAACUACCUCGAGGGCACAGUGCGCACCGAUGCGUUCCCGCGCCCAGUGCUGAUUCGUGGGCGCGAGGCCAUGAACCGCGCCGUCGAUGGAGAUGUCGUGGCGGUACGCAUGCUGCCGGAAUCGCAGUGGAAGACCGAGACGGACGAGGUGCGCGAGGGAGCGGGAGAGAACGACGACGCCGGGAGUGAGGACGGCAGCGUGGUGGGUGAUGUCGACGAUGCAGAGGAGGAGGCGAAGGCAGCAGCCGACGUGGCUGGCAAGCCACGGCAACCGACGGGUGUCAUUGUCGGCGUCACUCGACGCAAUUGGCGCUCGUACGUGUGCACGCUCGAUGCUCGUACUCUUACAUCCUCUGCGCUCGGAUCGCUUGGCUCGACAUCCCUUCUGGCACUGCCUGUCGACGCCAAGAUCCCUCGCAUCCGAGUCCGCACACGCCAGGCCGCCACGCUGAUGGGGCAGAAAAUUCUCGUGGCGCUCGAUGAGUGGCGCCAGGGCUCGCGCUACCCUGACGGACACUUUGUCCGUGCGCUCGGACAGACGGAGAGCAAGGAGGCAGAGCAGGAGAGCUUGCUGCUGGAGCACGACGUGCCGUAUCGGCCCUUCUCUCGCGCCAUUCUAGACUGCUUGCCUACCGAGGGCGAGAGCUGGAAGGUGCCGCCCAAGGAGCAGGGCGGGCCGGCGUGGCGCGACCGCAUCGACAUGCGCGCAGAGCAGAUUUGCAGCAUCGACCCGCCCGGCUGUCAAGACAUCGACGAUGCGUUGCACGCGAAGCGUCUGCCCAAUGGCAAUGUCGAGGCCGGCGUGCACAUCGCCGACGUCUCGUACUUCGUCAAGGCCGACACGCCCAUGGAUGCCGAGGCUGCCUCGCGUGGCACGACGGUGUAUCUCGUCGACAAGCGCAUCGACAUGCUGCCGCACCUGCUCGGCACGAAUCUCUGUUCCCUGCGGCCCUUUGUCGAGCGGCUGGCCUUCAGUGCCGUGUGGGAGCUGACGCCCGAGGCAGACAUUGUCAAUGUGCGCUUCCACAAGAGUGUCAUUGCCUCCAAGGCGGCUUUCACGUACGAGGAGGCACAGCUGCGCAAAGACGACGCGAGCAAGAAGGACGAGAUCACUCAGAGCAUUCGACUGCUUAACGAGAUGGCCAUCAAGCUCAAAGCCAAGCGCAUGCAAGCGGGCGCCCUCAACCUCGCCAGUCCCGAGGUGCGCAUCCAUCUCGACUCGAGCGAGACGGCCGGGCCCAUCGACGUCGAGCAAAAGGAGCAGCGCGAGACGAACAGUCUCGUCGAGGAGUUCAUGCUGCUGGCCAACAUCAGCGUCGCGAAGCGCUGCUACGAGGCGUUCCCGCAGACGGCCGUGCUGCGGCGGCACUUGCCUCCGCCACGCACCAACUUCGAGACGCUGCAGGACAUUCUGCGCAAGUGCCGCGGCAUGCACCUCGACGUCUCUUCCUCUGGCGCGCUCGCUGCCUCGUUGGACCGCUGUGUCGAUCCAAAGGAGCCGGCGUUCAACACGCUGCUGCGCAUCAUGGCCACGCGCUGCAUGCUCAGCGCAGAGUACUUUUGCAGCGGCGCCGUCUCGCGCGACUCGUUUGGCCACUAUGGCCUGGCGGCGGAGAUGUACACGCACUUCACGUCGCCCAUCCGCCGCUAUGCCGACGUGCUGGCGCAUCGCCAGUUGGCGGCGGCCAUCGACUAUGCGCCCCUGCAUGCCAGUCUGCACAACAAGACGCACGUGGGCCAGAUUCUGGGCGUCGUCAACAAGCGCCACCGCUCGGCGCAAAUGGCCGGACGCGCAAGCGUCGAGUUCUGGGUCGGACAGGCGAUUGCCAAGAAGAAUCUCGACGCGGGCGGCUCCACGACCGUCGGCAAGGGCGAGACGCGCCUGCAUGAGGAUGCAUUUGUCAUUCGCACGUUCCGCAACGGCGUCUCGGUCUUCGUCAGCAGAUACGGACUGGAAGGCCUCAUCACCUUCAAGCAGGACUGCGACUUUGACGCCGAGGAGUACCGCGUCACGGUGCCGGCGGCCGUGUCUGGCCUGGCCAAGGACCUUACACUCGGCAUCUUUGACCGUGUGCGCGUCGAGAUCGGCGUCGAGAAGGACGCACACACGCAGCGCGGCCGCGUCAAGAUGGCGUUGAUCUUGUGAUUGCAUGCCGAUCAACAGGGGUAUCAGAUGUGUGUGUGGAGGGCGAGCGACCUGGCCCGCCCUCUCAGCGACACGAGUAGUGCGUCACGA